AUGUUUUACAAAGAUAAUUAUGACUAUGAUAUGAUGUAUCCUGACGAGGAGAGUGAUUGUUUGGAUUGUAACAGUGAUAACCUAAACAAGCCUCCAAAUCUCGCUUAUGAUUACGAUUACUUGGAAAUACACAACAGCGAGACAUUUUUGCAAAUUUUGAAAAAUUGCGUUUUUACCAGUAUUGAUGCCACCAGUAAUUUUUCUACACUAUUUAUCGCUAAUAUUUUACUCCGACUUUUUAUAAAAUUCGUACCUCCGAGAGCAUAUCACUUAGUAUCAAUCCUGACAGGUAUUUUUAUAGUAAAUUAUUAUGCAGCCGAAUCAUUGUUUUUGAUGUCAGUUUACACAGUGAUUUCUUAUAUUUGUUUAUGUGUACCCAGAAAACAUCAAAGAGGAAUUGAAAUGUUGGCAAUUUCCUUGUUCACAAUAUUAAUUUGUGAAUAUUCAAUGGACCCAGCAUCAUGGCAUAGAAUUCGCGGAAUAAUAAUGAUCGCUGCAAUGAAAGCUGUCAGUAUAUCCCUAGACAGUAAAAACAAUCGCAAUUUUUCAUUUAACAUCUGGGAGUACAUUGCCUACAUAUUUAGUCCGCUAACUUGUAUUUUUGGCCCAUGGAUGUCUUUUUAUAAUUACAAAGCAAUGACCUCUGGAACAGUUGAAAGAAAAUUAACCAUCAGGCAAAUUAUUGUCUUGUGGCUUGGAGAUCUAGGUGUUGCUCUGAAAAAUUUUAUAGUGGCAUUAAUAUUUUUGAGUAUUUCAAAUUGCUUUGCUCAGUGGUUUAUACCCAACUAUAUUAGUGAUGGAAAGUGGUUCACAGCUUAUGGAGACGCUCUAUCAUUUAGAUCGUCUCAUUACUUUAUAUGUUACGUCUCGUCAACUGUAUUGUCACUUGGAGGAGUUACAUCAUUAAUUCAUCCUCCAACUAGCACUCCUACGGAAUCAAUAUCAUCGACAAUGACACCAGCAACAAUAACAAGACCAAUUGAUAUAGAAUUACCACGUUCAUUAGUUCAAGUCGUUAUUUCAUGGAACGUACCUAUGCAUACAUGGCUGAAAUCAUAUAUAUUUCGACCUUCAAUAAAUCAUGUCGGAAAAUUCAACGCCGUAAUACUGACAUACUUAGCAAGUUCAUUGCUUCACGGCUUAAAUUUCCAAAUUGCUGCAGUAUUAUUGAGCCUAGGCUUGUAUACUUACAUCGAAUUUAAAUUACGUAAUCAUUUGGCGAAUACAUUCAAUGCCUGCAUUGGCUCUCGGCGAUGUUACUCCUCAUCAGCGUCAUCCGUAAAAUCGAUUAUCGGUUUUUGUGGAGGUACCGAGUGCCGGUACCAAUUAAACUCAAAAAACAGUAUUAAAGUUUUAUUAACAAACAUUGGAUUCUCAUUACUCGCAGUAUUCCAUUUAGCUUAUUUAGGUUUAAUGUUUGACACUUCCGAGCUGCAAGAAACUGGCUAUAAUUACUUACAUACUAUCGAAAAGUGGUCACAACUCGGAUUUGCCAGCCACUUGAUAGCUCUUUCCACUUACAUUAUCUAUUAUUUAAUAACUUAA